GCUUCGAUUAGAAAACAUGGACUAGUUAGGUUCAGGUUAGAGAGAAUCACACUAUAAAUAGACUUGGUUUCAUGCCAGUUUAAAUUACAAUAGCUCUCACUUGUGACUACAGAAACUGUUAGAUUAAAGAGAGCUUAACCAGUUUACCAAAAAAAAAAAUGAAGAGUGCUCAUUUCCUUCUCAUACUUGCCAUAUUUACUUUGGCAUCUUCCAUUGCCUCUGCCUAUGAUCCUAGUCCUCUUCAGGACUUCUGUGUGGAAGUAGAUGAACCCCACAAAGCUUUGUUUGUGAAUGGGAAGUUUUGCAAGGAUCCAAAGGAAGUCAAUGCGGAUGAUUUCUUCACUUCAGGGCUCAACAUUGCAGGAAACACUGAUAAUCCAGUUGGUUCCAAAGUAAUAGCUGUUGAUACAAGUGUGACUUGUAAAAGAAUAUACAAGUUAAUAUUUUGAUUGGUUUUAAAGCAUUGGAUUGGUAUCUAAUUGCAAGAG